AUGGCUUCUCCCGACCAAACCAGUCCAAACUCGGUUUCAAAAGGUCCGUGUGUCAACUCUAUCAGAUUCCCGCUGUCUAAUAUCAACCUGAGCUCGGUUCUACCCGACUCGCGUGAAGCACUCGACCACGCAACUGAACUUCGAACGGACACCGCGCAUGACAACGACACCGACUCCCGAACUUCCAGAAAACGCCUCAAUACAGGAGGGUUUGUGAUAGAGUCUGCCGACUCCGAAAUGACGGAUCUCUCUGUCGACGGAAAGAUUAUCGUCAACAAAACAGGCUCGAGUCCUCCGAACAAAAAGAGACUUGUCGACAACAUCCCGGUCGGCACUCCUUCCAUGACCUCUCCUACGGCGUCGUCUGCAGGAAGCUCAGAUACCACGAAAUUGUCAACGCCAUCAAACUACGUCAUCAACACCUCGUCCAACUUCAGCGACGAGCUCCAGCAAUUGCCACUUCCCUCGCCUAGCGCGUCCCCGAUACAAUCUGGCAACGUGCAGGAGCUGGACGAGUACGCCUCCGAAAGCCAACCCGUUCAAACUGUUGAGCAAAAAGCAGAGCUGGUCAAGCUCAUUACCCAGAUGAUCAGCAUGCUUCCUAGUGGCUCCUCUGAAAUCAACCAUAUUCUCUGGUCCCUGCUUCAAAAAACCGAUAGAACAGCAUUGUCCACGUUCCAGGACCUCAUACGGAGCUCGCUCAGGAAAGAUUUGGUCACGUUGUUGCCAUCCGAAAUCACCAUGAAGAUCUUUGGCUAUCUCGACUAUGUGUCGCUAUCGAAAACCUCUGAAAUUUGCAAAAGCUGGCAAAAGAUUGCCAUGGAGAGCUACGAUUUCUGGAAAGACUUGCUUUUCCGAGACGGAUUCAUGACCAGUGCCGAAGAGUUUGAUGGUGAAUACAACUGGAUGAAAAAUAUCCACCAAGGUCUCAACAGUUGCCAACUCACUAAAUUGAUGUACAGACGCCGACUUGCGGUCGGCAAAAGAUGGAGAGAUCCCAGCUUCCAGCCUCGUCGUAUUACUUUGCCAGGGCAGGGCCCCAAUGUAAUUACAUGUCUGCAGUUCGACGACGAAAAGAUAGUUGCUGGUUCCGACGAUCAUACCAUCACCAUCUACGAUACAAACACCGGUAAGCUUAGAUCUGUGCUCUCUGGCCAUACAGGAGGAGUGUGGGCAAUGAAAUACCUGGGAAACAUCCUGGCUACAGGAGCCACAGACCGUACGGUGCGGAUCUGGAAUAUCAAGCAGGGAAAGUGUACCCAUAUUUUCCGUGGUCACACCUCUACUGUGAGAUGUCUGGACAUCCUGGAACCUAAGCAGAUUGGAGUCGAUGACGAAGGAAACCCGAUCAUGUUCCCCAAGACUCCACUGGUGGUGACUGGCUCUAGAGAUUCGACUCUUUAUGUCUGGCGACUACCAAUCACUGGAGAGGACGACAAGCUGCCAGACGAGCCAGUCGAUCUGGAUGAGAACUUCAACAAGUAUUUGGUGAAGGUUCUGCGUGGCCACAACGGACCUAUUCGCGCCGUUUGUGGGUUCGCCAACGUCCUGUUGAACGGAAGUUACGAUACCAAUGCCCGUGUCUGGGACCUCCGUACUGGAGACUGCAAAUGGGUGCUUUCUGGUCACACCGACAAGAUUUACAGCUGUGUCUUGGACGUGAAGAAAAACCGGUGUGUAACGGGUUCUGCCGACAACACUGUGCGGAUCUGGGAUCUGAACACUGGCGAGACAACCGCCAUCUUGGAAGGCCACCAGAACCUUGUUGGACUGAUCACUCUUUCCGAGAACGCAUUGGUGUCUGCUGCGGCAGACUCGACGGUGAGAAUCUGGGAUCCUAACACGGGAGACGUGAAACACGUUUUGCGUGGCCACAGCGGUGCCAUCACGUGUAUCCAACACAACGACAACUUCAUUAUCUCCGGCUCCAAUGGAAUGGUGAAGAUGUGGGAUACACAGACCGGUAAGUUCAUCAGAGAUUUGCUUGACGACGUGGACGGCCAGGUUUGGCAAGUGAAGUCUGACUUCCGCCGGUGCAUUGCUGCUGUUCAGAAGAACGACCGCACCUACAUCGAGAUUCUGGAUUUCGGGUUCCCCGAUGCUGCUACCGUUGAUGAGGAUCUUGAUCAGAUUAUGUAA